UUGUCCUCCCUACCCGCCAAAGACCCGCCCACAGCCAUUGAAACGCCCCGCCUGCAGCCCGCCCCCGCCAUCCGCGCCCCGCUUUGCCUGCCCGGGAAUCUCCAGACUGUAGUGAGCGCCAGGACCUAAGGUUUCGGGAUAUCUUCGGGGCCGCUUCUCCCGGAGCAGGCUUCAUUGGCGUGUGAGCCUUCAGCAGAUGUCUGUCACUUCCGGCAUGAGGGUCUUCUUGCCUGUGCUGCUGGCAGCCCUUCUGGGUGUGGAGCAAGCCCAUUCCCUAGUGUGCUUCACCUGCAACGAUCAGACGAGCAAUUGGAAUUGUCUGUUGCCAACAGUGUGCGAGAGCUCAGACAAUUACUGUGUCACGGCAUCUGCUGCUGCAGGCUUUGGGAAUGUCAACCUUGGCUACACCCUGAAUAAGGGCUGCGCCCAGUUCUGCCCCCGUGAGAACAUCAACAUCAACCUCGGUGUGGCAUCCGUCAAUACCUACUGCUGCCAACACUCCUUCUGUAAUUUCAGCACAGCUGGCCUCGGCCUUCGUGCCAGUAUCCCACUACUAGGCCUUGGAAUUCUGCUCAGCUUGCUGACUCUGCUUCAAGUGGGCCCUUGACCUAUGUAUUUCCCGGAUCCCCCCCAGCUCAGGAAGAAACCCAGCCCUUUUUAGGUUCUAGGGGACCCUAGGAGCCUUCAGCUCCUCCUGGCUGUGUCUAGUCCCCUUCCACACUUUCUCAGCAUCGGGGCUAAGCACCAAAUGCAUCUGAUCUACUCCGUUGAAAUGGGACUGGCUGCACUUGCUUCCAGAGCCAAUCCUGUGGCCUCCCUUGGGGAGCCAGGAAAGGGGUAAAGCUCUCCUUGGAGUCUCGGGGUGCCAGGGCCAGGCCUGAAUCCUGUGGCUACACUGGCAUGGAUAUCUAACCCAAAUGAAUGUACAUCUGUGUGCUCAGUCUGUCUGUGUGAGUGAAGCCGCUUGCAUUCUGGAAUGGGCAAAGGGGACCUGGAAGAUGCUAAGGCAGAAGGCCUCUGUCUACCACAAAAGCCCUUUCCCUGGCAUGACUGUGCCCAUGUUGUACGUGAUUCAGGAGGCUCUCCGUGGAGGGCCACCACUCCUCCAGAGGAAGGCUCCUACCCCUGGGUCAGCUGAGUCCCUA